CCAUAGUGCUUUGCCCCAGAGGCAACCAGUCAUGUGGAUGGAAACUGGAGUGGGUAUCCGCUACGCUGCACGAAAAAGAAAGUUCCAGGAAAGAUGCACGAAGAGGAGGAUGGCGUCGGCGAGUCGAGCUCGGCCCCAACUCAUCGACAUGAAACCUCCAAGUCGGGCGACGUGAUCGACGCGGAGUCGGCAAAGGAGCAGACCUCCAAGCUGUGCGGCUACUUGAGCAAACUGUCCGGCAAGGGGCCCCUAAGGGGGUACAAGCCUCGGUGGUUUGUGUAUGAUCCCCGGAAAUGUUAUCUGUAUUACUUCAAGAGUCCCCAGGACGCUUUGCCGCUGGGACACAUCGAGAUUGGCGAUGCUUGCUUCAGCUACGACGUGGAGGCCGAGGAGGGGCACUUUGAGAUCAGCACGGCUGGGAAGGAGUUUUUGCUCAAGGCCCCCAGCAAGCAGAUGAUGCACUACUGGCUGCAGCAGCUCCAACAGAAGCGCUGGGAGUUCAGCAACACGAGAGGCUGUGGACAGAGAGACAGCUGGAGCUCGCCCACCUUGGCCCACCCUUUUAGUGGACUUGUAGGCAAAGACAAUGAAUCAUUCAUCUUUGAGAAUCUCAGCGACAGCAUGGAAAAGGUCCGCAGUGACUUGACCUUGGAGACUGAGACGGAAGGUGGCGGAGCGGUUGGGAUCCAAUCAAUUAGAGGGACUGCUGCUUCUACAAAUACCCGCAAUCUGACCCUCAAAAACUUUGGUACAGAGCUCAGGAACUCCAUGUCAAUUCUACGACCGGGUAGGGGAGGUGACAGCAGACGCAGUGUGUUUUACACCAGCAACAGCAGUGCAGACGAGUGGGAACUGGUGGACGCUCCACCCAAAGACUUCCCAGAACAGAAACAUCGUCCAGACGUUCACAGGCAUUCCUUUGGAUCAGCGUUUGAUUUUGUGCGCAACUCGUCGAGGCCUAAAAGGCCUCUGCUGCGAGACAUGAUGGGCACGGGAAAGUUUGGCCGCAGUGCAGAGUCCCGCAGUGCAGAAAGCUCCCCAGUGGAGUUUAACGGCAAAUCUUUGGAUUUGCAAGUUCGCCUCCAAAGCCAACAGGAAGAGCUAUGCCGUGUGCAACAGGAACAAGCCAAACUCAAAGAGGAGCUGGUCAGUCAGAAGGAGCUGGUGAGACUUUUGCAGCAGACAUUAAGAACAUCCCAGUGUGAUCGUCAGCCAGCACGUCGUUCUGUCCCACUACCAGAUCCGUCAUCUACAGAGUCUGAUCAGGCCAACUGUCCAGGAGUAACCCAGGAGGAGGUUGCACGUUUGGAGGCCCUGGUCCAUGAAAGAGAUGGACAGAUCCAGUCCUUGUGUGGCCACAUGGAGCGACUCGCCCUGGAGAAGGAGAGCCUUCAGCAAGAGCUGAAGGGCCUGAAAAUCAAAGUGGGGGAGAUCAAUGAGCAACUGGGCAUGCUGAUGGAGACCAUCCAGGCCAAAGAUGAAGCCAUCAUGAAGCUGUCCAACUCAGAGCAGAGCGGGAAUGCAAAUGAUGGUUCACCACUUCUUGGCAAAGAGCAGCAGGAACUGGACAUCCUCAAGGACAGUCUUCAAGGCUAUAAAACCCAAAACAAAUUCCUCAACAAAGAGAUCCUGGAGCUGACAGUAUUACGCAGAAAUGCAGAAAGCCGAGAGAAGGCUCUAGAAGCCAAGUACACGGCUCUGGAGGCCAAGUUGUGUCAGGUGGAGAGUAAGUAUCUGGUGCUGCUGCAGGAGGUGAAGAACCCAGUGUGCUCAUCUUCAGAACAGAGUCCAGCCCGAGAGGUCAUCUCCAGAUUGUUAGAGGAUGCUCUACAGGCAGAGACCUCUGAACAGGAGGAGCAUCCUGUCUUCAAACCGAACACUGUCAGCGAAUAUGACGUGUAUGGCUUCAAGACAUUGCCUGAGGAGGAGGAAGAAGAGGAGAGGCUGGUGGCCAAGGUGAGAGCCUUGGAGCUUAAGUCCUUAUCCAUGACUGAUCAAGAGGUGUCCGUCGGAGUCAAGUGGGAGAACUACCUGGCCAGCACCAUGAACCGCAACUUGGUGCGCUCCCCCGAGCUCAAGGCCCUGAUCCGCUGUGGCAUUCCCCACGAACAUCGCUGUCAAGUGUGGCGCUGGUGCAUCUCCGUCCACGUAAAGAAGUUACGGGAUCCCCUGGCGGCCGACUAUUAUGAGACCUUGCUAAAUGUGGCCAGAGAGAAGCCCAACCCUGCAUCCAAGCAGAUUGAGCUGGACUUGCUGCGUACUUUACCCAACAACAAGCACUACUCCUCUCCCAGUGCCAUCGGCAUCCAGAAACUUCGGAAUGUUCUGGUGGCUUUUUCCUGGAGGAACCCUGACAUUGGAUAUUGCCAGGGACUAAACAGGCUGGCAGCUAUUGCCUUGCUCUAUCUGGACCAAGAAGAUGCCUUUUGGAGCCUCAUAGCCAUUGUGGAGGUUUUCAUGCCAAGAGAUUAUUACACCAAGACUCUGCUUGGCUCGCAGGUGGACCAGCGUGUCUUCAAGGACUUGAUGAGCGAGAAGCUACCCCGACUCCAUGUCCACUUUGAGCAGCACAAAGUGGACUUCUCCCUCAUCACCUUCAACUGGUUCCUGGUGGUGUUUGUGGACAGUGUGGUCAGCGACAUCCUCUUCAAGAUUUGGGAUGCGUUCCUCUACGAAGGUCCUAAGAUCAUAUUCCGCUUCGCACUUGCGCUCUUCAAAUACAAAGAGGAGGAGUUCUUGAAGUUACAGGAUUCCACCACCAUCUACAAAUAUCUCAGAUACUUCACACGUACCAUCCUGGAUUCAAGGAAGCUGAUGAACAUCGCAUUCGUGGACAUGAACCCAUUCCCAAUGAGGCAAAUCCAGAACCGGCGCUCCUUCCACUUGGAGAAGGUCCGCCUUGAGCUGACGGAGCUGGAGGCUAUCAGGCAGACCUUCCUGCGGGAGAGGGAAACGUCUCAGGAUGGACGCUCCUUUGUCAGCGAUGACGAAGAGGAUAACUGAACUCAAGCUGGUCAUAUUUAUUUGAGUCAGAGGAACAAGAAUGUGUUUUACAUAGCUGGACCAACAUAUCGCUAUCAGUAUUCCUGCCUUUUUUACAUUGCUUGUGUGUUAAUACAAUAGACAGUACUUGUCUUAAGCUUGCUGUCCGAAUCAGUAUUUCUUCAUUUGUGGCUGUGAUAAUGUUUUAAAGGCUGUUCUGUGCUUUUUGAAG